AUGGCUGGCACCAUGAGAGCUGUUGAGAUCAAAGGCGGCAAGGGCGAGCUCGACGCCCUCUACAUCAGCCCCGAGGCGCGCAAGCCCGUGCCCGCCGCCGGCCAGGCCCUUGUCCGCAUCCGCGCCUUUGGCAUCAACCGGAUGGACAUCAUCCAGCGGCGCGGCAACUACCCGCUGCCGCCGCAGGCGCCCGCCACGCUGGGCGUUGAGUUUUCCGGCGUCAUCGAGUCGUUUGGGCCGCCCGGCGGCGCCCACGACGACGACGGCGGCACUUUCAAGACCGGCGACGAGGUCUUUGGCCUCGCCUACGGCGGCGCCUACGCAGAGUUCAUCGCCGUCAGCGUCAAGAUGCUGCUGCACAAGCCUGCGCACCUGAGCUUUGAGCGCGCGGCCGCGCUGCCCGAGGCGUGGAUCACGGCGACGCAGGCGCUGCACCUCGUGCUGGGCUUUGUGGCGGGAAGGACCAUUCUGUGGCACGCGGGCGCGUCGGGCGUCGCGACGGCGGGCAUCCAGCUGUCGCGGCUGGCGGGCGCGCAGGCCGUGUACGCGACGGCGGGCACCGACGACAAGUGCCGGUACGUGACGGAGACGGUCGGCGCGACGGCGGCGUUCAACUACAAGACGCAGGACUGGGCGGCCGAGGUCAAGAAGGCGACGGGCGGGCGCGGCGUCGACUACAUUGUGGAUUUUGUGGGCGGCAGCUACUUUAACAAGAACCUCGACGCGGCGGCGCGCGACGGCCGCAUCGUCAUGCUGGGCACGCUGGGCGGCGCGCAGGUGCCCGAGGCGCAGAUUGGCAUGAUCCUCUACAAGCGCCUCCGCAUCGAGGGCAGCACGCUGCGCAGCCGCGACGAGGACUACCAGGGCAAGCUGCGCGACCGGCUGGAGGAGUACCUGCCUGACUUUGACUCGGGCCGCCUCAAGAUUGUCAUUGACACGGUGCUGCCGUGGGAGCAGAUUCAGGAUGCGCACCGCCAUAUGGAGGACGGCAAGAACUCGGGCAAGAUUGUGUGCACCAUUGGUCACUAA